AUGGCCUUUUGUGUCUGGCUACAGAACACAGGAGUAUAUGGGUACGUUCUCUCUAACUGGGAUGAUCGCGGUGGAGCAGCCCAGGAGGAGCGCAACACGGCCAUCUACAUCAUCCUGGACACCUGGCUGGACCAAUAUCCCGAGGACUUUUACCAGCCCCCAGAGUUUCCUUGCCUGAAGGUGCUGCUGGCAUACAUGGGGCUCAAUAUGCCAGGCUCAGACCUGGAGCGCCAUGCCCAGCUUCUGCUCUCACAGCUGCAACACCUGGAGCCCACGGAGCCAGAGGCUGGGGCACCAGCCCCACAGCAAGACCCUGAACCACAUCAAGAACUCGCCCCAGCAACCACUGUGGUGCCCGCUGCAGCUUCAGAGCCCAAGCUGGCUGAACCCAUCACUGCUGCCGGAGGUCAGCAGUCAGAGAGAGCAGUGAUACCACUUGCCAUGGCGGGGCCAGUGCAGGUGGUAGUCACAGCUCUAAUUCAUUCUCCUGAGCUGGAAGAGCCACCUGAAACUUUGCCUGUCCCGGAGGUCAAGCAGGGUCCUGCCCCUGCUCCUGGGGUUGCUGCCGGGCCUGAUCAACCCCCUGCCUCAGUGGAGGAACCAGCCCUGGUCCCAGAGCAGCAGCUUGUGAUGGCUGCAGCCCCAGAGGCUGCCUUCCUCUUCCCUGUCGUUGCACUCUUCAUCAUUCUUGUGUGUUUAAUACACCUGUAUUGUGGCUUAGUAUAUUUUGUUCCUUAA